GCCAGGAAACUACAAAAAAAAAAAAAACACACACAACAAUGCCCGGCUACCUUUCGUAAUCGAAGUUUGAGGAAAUCUAUCGUGUUCAUCAAAACAGGAAGCGUUCUAGUCAUCAGCACGAUCAGCCAGAUAUUGACAGUGUAAACCUUAGAGCUGUGACGGCCAGCUGUAGGAGUUGCAGAGGCUAGAGGCGGGACUACCCCCAUGAGGGAGUGUGUAUCAGGCAGAGGUCUCUCCCUCUCACACUCUCAGUCAUUGCUCCACAUACACAGGGUGUGAGGUAAAGCCUAGUCAGACCUCGCAGCCUGAAGUGAGUCACUAGAGCUGUGGCGUUUCCCAGCGUCAGAGAGCCCAGGCUUGGUCCUUUUACUCAUGCUGUAGUCAGACCGAGACAGACACUUUAACGGACGGCAGCCCCGCUCUACUCUGCACUCUACACACAGCAACAUGGGCGCCUGCUGCUUUGACAAGAAAGAGAGGAAACUAGGGAAGCUAAAUGGUUGGAGAAAGUUCAAGAGAAUGUUGAAUCGGGAGUUGACGCACCUAUCUGAGAUGAGUCGGUCUGGGAAUCAGGUUUCCGAAUUCAUCUCCAACACCUUCCUAGACAAACAGAAUGAGGUGGAGAUCCCGUCGCCAACGUCCAAGACACGGGAGAAGAAGAAGCAGCAGAAGCAGCAGCUGAUGACACAGAUCAGCGGGGUCAAGAAGGUCUCCCAUGGGCCCUCGCUCUCCAGCAGCAGCAUCUCACGCUUCGGUGUCAAGACCGAUAAGGAAGAGCUACUGUCCAAGGAGCUGGAGGAUCUGAACAAGUGGGGCCUCAACAUCUUCACGGUGUCGGAAUACUCCAACAACCGACCCCUUACCUGCAUCAUGUACGCCAUCUUUCAGGAGCGAGACCUGUUAAAGACAUUUAAGAUCCCCAUGGAUACGUUUGUGGCCUACAUGAUGACAUUGGAAGAUCACUACCAUUCAGAUGUGGCCUACCACAACAGUCUGCAUGCUGCUGAUGUGGCCCAGUCCACACACAUCCUCCUGUCCACUCCAGCCCUGGAUGCGGUCUUCACAGAUCUUGAGAUCCUGGCAGCCAUCUUUGCUGCGGCUAUCCAUGAUGUUGACCAUCCUGGAGUAUCAAACCAAUUCCUAAUCAAUACCAACUCUGAGCUGGCCUUGAUGUACAACGACGAGUCUGUGCUGGAGAACCAUCAUUUGGCUGUCGGAUUCAAGCUGCUGCAGGAAGACAACUGCGAUAUCUUCCAGAACCUCACCAAGAAGCAGCGACAGUCCCUGCGCAAGAUGGUCAUCGACAUGGUUUUGGCCACCGACAUGUCCAAACACAUGAGUCUGCUUGCUGAUCUGAAGACCAUGGUGGAGACUAAGAAGGUGACGAGCUCUGGAGUGCUGCUGCUUGACAAUUACACCGACAGGAUACAGGUGCUGCGUAACAUGGUGCAUUGUGCUGACCUGAGCAACCCCACCAAGUCCCUGGAGUUGUAUCGUCAGUGGACUGACCGGAUAAUGGAGGAGUUCUUCCACCAGGGAGACAGAGAGAGAGAGAGGGGGAUGGAGAUCAGCCCAAUGUGUGAUAAACACACAGCCUCAGUGGAAAAGAGCCAGGUGGGUUUCAUCGACUACAUCGUGCACCCUCUGUGGGAGACCUGGGCCGAUCUGGUCCACCCCGAUGCCCAGGACAUUCUGGACACGUUAGAGGACAACAGGAACUGGUACCAGAGCAUGAUUCCCCAGAGUCCCUCCCCGCCCUUCUACGACCAGGGCACACAUGGACACAGUGGAGGUACUGGAGGACAGGGAGGUGGGGAGAAGUUUCAGUUCGAGCUGACCUUAGAGGAGGAGGACUUGGAUGGAAUAGAGAAAGACGGCGAAGGGGAGGAGGAGGAGGAGGAGGAGGAGGAAGAAGAAGAGGAGGAAGAGUUAGAGGAGGAGGAUAGUCUUGGAGAUUCUCGUUCUCCUCCCCUGGACUAUUUGGACGGUCAAGAGGAGGGCGGCAUGAUGGAGUCAACAACGGCAAUAGAGAUUGUGACGCAUGAGGCCUCACCUACAGACACAUAGGGCUUCCAUCAUCAGGCUCACGUGGUGAUUUGAAAGUUUUUUUGGAAAAAGAGGGGGUAUCCUCUUGCAGCUGUGCUUUUUAAUAAGCCCACAGAAGCAAGGGCUUAGUUUUAGCCCGCACAGGGGCAUCUUGCACUUGGGUGUUUGAAGCCAGACACGGACGGACAGUUUCAGUGGAGUGGCUUCAGAGUUCUCAGGAAAUAAUUACUGCGAACAUUUUAGUCUUGAUGGACAGGCGAGACUGAGGGUGGAACUUGAAGGAUUUCAGCCAGUUUGGAAAACGGUUACUUUUCUUUUCUGGACUGGCAUUAAAUAGACAUCGACACUACUGAGGGAAGUUUUGUACCUUAAGACUUUUUUACAGAUAUAUGAUCUAGAAGUAGCAUAGAGUAAGAUCUACUGAUGGAGACACGUUUGUAUAGCAAGAAAAAGUGUUUACUUUUUUCCUGUACCAUUUGUCAAAGGACUUUUGUGUGCCUUUUUUACUAUUGUCUUUAUAAUAGUUUUUUAUUUAUUGAACACUCUAGUAUGUCUGUGAAAUGUUUUUUUUUUUUUUUUCUUAUAUAAAAGAGCAAAAUCUUUUUUUUUGUAUGUUAAAAAGAUUACAGUCUUCCAUGUAUUGGGCAAUAGAGAAAUCCAAACAAACGUCGACAAA